CGAAGUUCUGAAACGGGCUUGAAUGGAGCAAAAGAGAAAGAGAGGGGAAACGUGAUAAUUCAUUUCGGAGAAGGUGCAGCAAUUCGCGGCGGCUAUCGUUUCUUCGCUCACUGAAAGCGGCUGGAUAUGCUGAAUUACAACUUGUCGCCUUUCUAUCAGCUAUCUGAUAAAGAAGCCAUGGAUGCAUUUAACAGCAAGCUCUUAAAUGUUGUUGCUGAGCAAGGCGCCAUUGAAGCUGUAGAGGCACUGAUGUCCAUGAGAUCCCUCUGCAAAAUGGGUAGCAAGCAACUAACUGAAUUCCGCCCACUCACCCCAUCUUCUGAUGGCCCAGAAGAAGCAGAUGAUCCACUUAUGUCUGGUCCAGUUGAUUUCUCUAUUUCCUCAUUUUGCUUGACCCCACCCUACAGUCCUGAAAACUUUGAGAUGUCUACCACAACAGCAAUGCAGACAUUUUCAACAAGACCAGCAUCUGAUUUUGGAAAGGCAAUGGAAAUGAACAUUUCCCAGAAGCAAAGGCAAUCUGGAGAGUCUGUGCAGAAACAUCAGUCAUUUCAGGCGAUAAGUGUCAUUCGCCAUACAUCAGAUGCCCAACCUUGCACUUGCCACUCCUGUCCAAUGGGAAAAAGAGAAUCUCCUACAGACAUAAGCCUCACGUCUAAAAUUCCAGUUAAAAACAACAACUCUGACUCUGAAAAAAAUAAACGUAUUUGCACAGAAGUAAACCAGAUAUUUGCAGCAUCUACAUCUGUACCUGUUGUGACACCCGGGGUCUCUAACUCUGAAACAAAUGAACUUGUCUAUGCAGAAGUAAGCCAGAGCUCAGAGGCACCAACAUCUGCGCCCGUCUUGACACCUGUGGUGACCAACUCUCAGCAGAAUCCAGUCAUUGUCCCUUCAAGCACAUUGUCGCCUGCUGGAGUUUUGCCAGUUCCAGUAAUUUGCCAGCUUGUUCCUAUUCCUCCAGCCACAAACCGUUUUGUUACAACCGUCAUCCCCAACAAUCCAGCUGGGCAGCAACCUCUGUGUCAGCCAAUGGUAUUAAUGGGCACCCAAGUUCCCAAAGGUUCUGUCAUGCUUGUUGUUCCACAGUCAGGGGUCACCAAAAGAAUAACAGCAACUCCGAACGGUACCAAACUGUCUCCUAUUGCACCUGCACCGGGAUUCACAGUACCGGUACAAAAGACUGCCCUUCAUUCAGAGCUGUCAAGGACACGUAGUCAUGUCUGCAGUCAUGCAGGCUGUGGAAAGACCUACUUCAAAAGUUCCCAUCUUAAAGCCCACAUGAGAACUCACACAGGAGAAAAACCAUUCAGUUGCAGCUGGAAGGGGUGUGAACGAAGAUUUGCACGUUCAGAUGAACUGUCAAGACACCGACGAACACAUACUGGAGAAAAGAAGUUCGUCUGUCCAUUGUGUGACCGGCGCUUUAUGAGGAGCGACCAUUUGACCAAGCACGCUCGCCGCCACAUAUCUGCCAGAAAGCUCCCCAGCUGGCAAAUGGAAGUCAGUAGGUUAUCUGACAUCACUGCUAUGCAGCAGUAGACAAUUCCAGUGGGACACGCUGGAAAGCUUAGACUUCCUUUUCACACAGAACACUGAAUUAGAGGAGCAGUGCUCCCUGUGCCUUGUUGCAGGGAGUUCUGCUGUUUUUGCACUUGGGGAGAAAGGAAAGUAAACAGGAGGUUAGGCAAGUUUGCUGUAUCCCUGUGAAAUGACUGAGGGGAAAAUGAACAAUUUAAAGAAAGGUCUCUUUGGGUUUGAAACGACGUUACAAAGAUUAGGUUCAAAUUUUGUUCUAGCUGAAAAAGAUGACAAUGUACAGUGAUGCAUGUAACUCGUGGCCAAUAUUGUUUUUGCUUAUUUGCUGUUGAUUUUUUUUACAGUAAUGUCAUUGGUUGUAGUAUCUAACUACCCCCCAUUUAUAAAUAAUUUGUUUAAGCUUUUGCACAUCCUGUGACAUUGAUUUUUGUGAAACCUUUGUGUAAAGUCAGCUUUUGGAAAUGCGACUGUAAAUCUGAUUUAACGGAGUAUCUGCACAGCAUGCCAGCUAUUCUCCCGGUUUUCAAAAUGUCAGAUUAUCAACCGCUUUUAAAAGUGCUUCAGCUCAGGACAUGUUUAAUUCUUAAGGGGGAGAAACAGGAUUAUAUUUAAUUUGGCACAUGACACUACUGUAUAUCAUUGGCAAUGUACUGAAUAUUUGUAUAUCUUAAUUUAGGGCAGUGCUGCGGUUGUGUCCUGUAUUGUGUUUUACCACAGUGUCAACAUUUGACCUCUCUUGUAGCUCAUGAAUUAUUUUGCACAAUAUUUCUUUUUUGAAAUUUUAUAUUUCUUGUUUACAAAAAUUAAUAAAAGUGUUUUUUAAUAGA